AUGAGCGCGGAGAAUGAGGCUCGCGUGAUUAUUCCUCGCAUGCGCCCAUCAUGUUCGCAGUGUCAAAGGUCAAAGAAGCGAUGCGACCGAGAGAAGCCCCGAUGCUCUGCAUGUGUGCGAUAUGGGAGAGAAUGCAUCUAUACCGGCACCGUGGGCAUCGUUGGAAAUGAACAAGCACCCAUAACACUUGCCCCAUCUCAAUCGCCGUCGAAAGCUGCCCAGGAGAACGAAGAAAGCUUUCCUGUAGUGUUCUUCCUUGACUCUGUUCUUUUUCAGCGCUCCUUGAAUCGGUUACCAGAACUAGAAUUAAGCCUCGGCGAUCCGCUCUUGAGCUACAUUGGUCACGAUGCGUCUGAUAGAGCAUUUGUAGGCUCAUACUUUGCGAGUAUUCACCCAGCGAUACCAUUUUUAUCGAAAAGAGGGUUUAAGGAGAGAGUUUUAAAUCCACUGGCUCCUCAACGACCAGUAAACACCCUUCUUGUUGCUUCAAUGAAGCUAUUAGCAACUCCAUUAGAAGACGAAGGGCCACGAAGCGGUGCAUAUUAUGCGAUCAAAAACAGCCUACUAGAAGCCGAACACUCAAGUGUUUUGGAACUGCGCGUACUACAAGCAAUCAUCCUCGUUGCAGUAUACGAGAUUGGGCACUCUAUUUAUCCUGCGGCAUACUUAACAGUGGGCUACUGUAUACGGUAUGGGACUGCGUUGGGCAUUCACAGAGCAGUGGAGCAGUAUUCAGAAGAGACCUUCAGUGUUACCGAGUCAGAAGAGCGACGUAGAAGCUGGUGGACCAUAUUGGUCUUAGAUCGUUUUAUAAGCCUUGGUAGCGCCGAAAGAGCCUUUCUCACACCAGAUCCUAGCAGUAACAGCUUGUUACCUAUUGACGACACUAUAUGGGAGGAAAAUGGAGAGACCGAUGCUCCGGUACGCAGGCUCUUUGAGCCACCGACCACGUCAAUGGGCCGCUUCUCCUUGACUGCGCAAGCCGCAGUCCUUCUGGGUAGGGUGUUUCGUAGCAUACAUGAGUUCCCUGUAUCAGAAGAGUUUUGGCAAAACGAUGUCAAAGUAUUAGAUAAUACUCUUGUUGCAUUGACAAAUGUUUCGUUGGAAGAGGGUCGCUUUCGUGGCAUUGCUGUAUGUAGCCCUUCAACUAUCUGCUACAGGUAA